UGCGCACAGGCAGUCUCAUGGGCCCCCUUUUGCACAUCUAGACUCGGGUCCUACUGGGGAGCACCUUCCAAGAUGGCAGCCAACAGCAGCAACACGGGUAACAAGUCUAGCAGCAGCGGUGGAGGAAAACAGUCCGGCCCGUCGGCUGAACAGGUGGUGGCAACAUUUCAGAGGAUGCGUCAGGAACAGCGCAACAUGGCGUCCAAAGCUGCAGAGCUGGAGAUGGACAUCAAUGAGCACAGUUUAGUAAUUGAAACUCUAAAGGAGGUGGAUCCUUCCAGGAAAUGUUUUCGUCUAGUAGGAGGAGUGUUGGUGGAGAGAACAGUGAAAGAAGUUCUACCUGCACUAGAAAACAAUAAAGAACAGAUUACCAAACUAAUCGAGAGCAUCAACACGCAGAUGCAGGCGAAAGGACGGGAGCUCACAGAAUACAGAGAACGCUACAACAUCCGUCUGGUUGGAGAGGGCGAAGGGGAGGGUCAGGGCCAGUCUGCAGCGUCGUCCAGCAACAGCGAGGAAGGCGGAUCUAAAAGCGGAGCGGGAGUUUUGGUGUCAUAGCUUAAUAAGAUGGACAGCGACAGCAGGGCCCUCUGAUUUCUGCAUCGCCAAAAACAACAACAACAAAAAAAGAAUAAAACCUCAGUGGAAAAUCAGAACUUCUUACAGGAAAACUUUGGAUUGGGGGAUUUACUGUAAUUUCAGAAAAAUAUAAUAAAUUUGAGUUUUCACAUCAGGUUCAAGCAACUGUACUCAGUCUGUAUGUUUGGUUAUAAAUGGUAAUGUUUGUCCUGAUCUGAGGGUGUCCUGCAUGGAUAUUUUUUUCUGAAAUACCGUCAAGAACAAUUCACAAUUAAAUGCAUACCAUCUGUAUUUUAAGGUGACUGACUUUCUUAUAAGCAGUUUACUGUAAUUUUCUUCUGUACUGCUGAGUUAAAAAUAACUUCAAAUACCAAGAACAUCUCUGUGGCUAUUGCCAUUGAUAUUUUUAUGAAAACGUACAUUGGUAUUUCCUACACUUCAGCUUUUGCACUCUUACCUUACACACAGUUGACUGUGCAGGGCUCUACAGCAUUUUUCAGUUGUCCAAACUGUCACCCUUGGAAUUAAAGAAAAGCAUUUUGGGCAUUUUGACACCAUAUUUUGAGCAUGAACUAGUGAAAAUGCAUCACGAUGUUUAAUAAAAUAAAUGUGUUACUGCAGAUGCAGUUGUAGGUUUGUUUGUACUACUUCUGAGGCCUUAAUAUGAAGAUAUAAGCUCUGUAUUGACAAGCAACAAAACAACAUCCUCAGAGGCCGCCCCACUUUGUCAGCUGAAUAGUUUUUCAUUCUUGUAUUAGUGACUCAGGCCAGGACUCUCGAAGGUUUAAAUGCUGAAUUACUUCCUAGGCCCUGAUGUGUACUGAGACCAAGGUUUCUGUGUAGUAAUGACAGCAGCCUUUGUUGUUGCAUGAAAUAAAAAAUGUUCGGAUUCA